AUGGACGAGGAGUCAGCUAUUUCAUCCAAAGUCGACGAGAUGGCUGUGAACAAGAUUACAGAUAUUGAGACGCCCGCAAUAUCUGUAAUCCAAAGCAACAAUUAUGACAAUGUCGAAAAGAAAUCAGAAAGUGUUCUUACGAUAUACGAAAAUGAAGAAGGGGGUGAUGCAACUCGUGAGCCGGCUUCGGAACAACCAGUGCAGUCAGGAGAAGACUUCACAGUUCUGACCGGCAAACAAAAGAAACUUGUAAUCUUUACAGCUUCAUUCGCAUCUAUCUUUUCUCCCAUGGCAACUUCGAUAUAUUAUCCGUCACUCGACACAAUCUCAAGAGAUUUAAACGUUUCAAAUACCCAUAUAAAUCUUACUAUAACCUUCUUUCUCGUCAUCCAAGGCAUCGCGCCAUCAUUCGUUGCAGAUCUAGCCGACAACCUAGGCCGACGCCCCAUGUAUAUAUUCUGCUUCAUCAUUUUCAACGCCGCAAACAUCGGAUUGGCAUUGCAAAACGACUUCAGGGCUCUUCUCCUCUUGAGAGUGUUGCAAGCGGCCGGGUCUUCGGGCACGAUCACCUUAGCGAAUGGAGUUGUUGGAGAUAUCACCACUUCAGCAGAACGCGGGAAAUACAUCGGACUCACAUCAAUGGCUUUUGUUUUCGGGACUAUGGUUGUACCUCUUCUGGGAGGUGCUAUUGGACAAUUCGCGGGCUGGCAUUUUCUCUUCUGGUUUCUUUUCAUCUUCUCGUCUGCGGUCAAUAUCCCGCUUAUCCUGUUUCUUCCCGAGACUUGUCGGAAUGUCGUUGAUAACGGGUCAAUUCCUCCGCCAUUCUUUUCGAAGAACUUGACCGACUUGGUGCGUCAUAAGAAUCGAAGAAAGGCUGGAUUAGAAUAUGACAAAAUGAAAGAGGUGGAAAUUCGCAGGGCAUACAAAUUUCGACUCCCAAAUCCGCUAUCUACGCUCAAAGUUCUUGGCGACCUUGAGAGUGCAAUUAUUUUGACAACAACUGGUCUCUCAUUUGGCUGCUUCUAUGCAAUCAGCACCGGCACCUCCAAAUUAUUCCACGAACUCUACAAUUUCAACCAGUUACAAAUCUCCCUCAUGUUCAUCCCUUUCGGCUGCGGAAGUAUUCUAGCAGUCCUAACCAUCGGCAAAACCGUCGACUGGAACUAUCGCCGCCACGCCGCCAAACUCGGAAUCCCCGUCAUCAAGAAUCGCUUUCAAGAUCUCACCAACUUCCCUAUCGAAAGAGCGAGAAUUGAAAUCGUCCUUCCCGCGAUUUUUAUGGCUGGUACAUUCACUAUCGCGUACGCCUGGAUCAUGAUGCAAAAGCUCAUGCUCGCUGCACCUGUCAUCGCGCUUUUCUUUCUCAGCUGUGGACUUACCGCUUGCUCCCAGGUCCUCAAUAUUCUUAUCGUCGAUAUAUAUCCUGGAAAACCAUCAACCGCCACGGCAGCAAACAACAUCGUACGAUGCGAAAUGGGGGCGGUUCUGACCGCAGUGAUUCUGCCAUUGAUGAAUGCAAUUGGAACCGGAUGGGCAUAUACGUUGUUGGCGCUUCUGUUCAUGGGGUUUAGCCCGGUGCUUAUGAUGUUGAUGAAGAAGGGACCGGAAUGGCGUAGAGUGAAAAAAGAUAGGGAUGAAAAAUCUGCGGUUGGGACGGGCGAUACGACGCCGGCUAUGACGUUGAAUGAGUGUAUGAUUACUAUUAGGGAAGAUUCAGCGCGAUGA